AUGUCUCGAAUCGGCGCACAACGACUGCUCGCUGCAGCCCCGUGCCUGCGUACUGCAACCCUUGCGCAAGCUGCGCAUCGCUCCUUCUAUCUCCAGUCACGGCACGCGAGUUCGCUGCCUACGGUUGCGCAGUUGGACUUCUGGAAGUCCCUGAUCCCGAAGCCUUUCCGACGUGAGGAGCAGCUUCCCGGAGACCCCUCGAUCCAGCGGGUCAAGUCGAAGAGAAAGAAGGAAUGGAACCCGGCUACUUUCUACAUUGUCAUCUUUCUCUUGAUUGGCUCCAUGUCCAUUAACAUGCUGUCGACAAAGCAGACGUUCGAGGCAUUCUCGCGUCAAGCUGACGUCCGCAUCGGGGUUCUGAAGGAAGUCGUUGAGAAGCUACAACGGGGCGAGAAUGUGGACGUGGAGAAGGCGCUGGGUACGGGCGACCCUCAGAAGGAGCUUGAGUGGGAAGAGAUGCUGAAGGAGAUCGAGCGAGAAGAUGUGUCACGCCAGAAGAAGCAGGAGAAGGCACGGCUGGCUGAGACCGCAGCAAAGACCAAGGCGGAACCGGAAGCGAAACAGCAACCGACUGCGGUCCCUGAGACUUCGAAGACACCAGCACGGGGCAUGUCAAGCUUCUUCUGA